UUGCAUAUUUGAUACUCACUCUUCAGUUGUCCGUUUCGUCUUAGAAGCUUUCUAAUUCUACCAUGCGAUCAUCACCUUCAACAGAUUAGAGUCGGAAUAUUGUUUGCUUUCUAGUUUUUCAAUUUGCAAUAAUCCUAAUCUUUUGGUCAUCACUUUGUCAGCGUUUUGCUAAUGGUUGUCCAUGUUUGAAUAGAAAGUGAUUGUAGUUUGACUAAUUGCCUUCUUGGGGCUGUGCAAGAAACCACAAAUUCUCAAAAUUUCCAUUUCUAGCUAGCUCGAGCACACUCGACCUAUUGUUCAAUUUGGUCGGUGUUAUGGGCGACUUUCUGCUUUUCCCACUUGGACUUUUUUUUUGUUUUUCAUGUUCCUUUUAUCCUCAUACAGGGUGGAAUCUAAUGACGAAUAUGGUGGAAAAUAGGGCUAUCUUUUUGGAACUUUAUCGUGCAUAUAAGUCAUGAAUAAUUAAUGGGACAAAAGUCCGGUUGUCCUUUGUAUUAACCAUUUGCCGAAGUUUACCAUCAAAUACUAUAUAAUUUGUUGAUGAGAUAAAUUGAUGUAAUAUACAAUAAGCACAGAAUUUAAUUCUAGUUAACCCCUCCCCCUGUUAAGGGAAUGAUACAAUUAGGGACAAGACAAUGGAGCACUACUCCCAUGCCUGAGAAAAGGAAAAGCAGGUUUUGAAUGAAUUCAAACAUGGAAAACAAGAAAAAGUGAGCAAGACUGAGUUUAAAGAGGUUCUUUCUGAUAUUCUACUAGGUAUGGCCGCGGGUUUGAAGCGAGACCCUAUUUUGAUCCUCCGUAUUGACGGAGAAGACCUCUUGGAGUUUAUCAAUGGUCCAAGUUAUGAAGCAGAGAUGGUGUCCAUAUUUUCACGGAUAGGGUUAGAUGAUGCAUCCCUGCAUGACUGCAUUAUUAAGGCUUUGGAGAAACUUACAGUUGAUCAAGGAAUGCCCCCUUCGUCAGAUUCUUGGGUUAUGAGCAACAUAGUGGAACCAGCUUUGCUAUCAUGGGAUGGCAAUGAUCGAGUGAAACCUGUCUCUCAAGAAACAUUCUUGGAAGAAUUUAAGAAAGUAGCAGAGCUUGUGGCUCAACAUCUCAAGGAGCAGCCUGUAAUUGUUGCUCAUAGUGUAAACACCUUUGAUGGAAGUGGCAUUAAAAGACUACUAUCUAACAAGUUUGAACUAGACAAGUCACUGAAUAUAGCUUUAGAAAAUGUGCCAAAAGAUCAGAAUGGGAAAAUAUCAAAGGAGUAUUUACGUGUGGUGCUAGAUGUAGUGGCUCCAUCAGCUGGUUUACCUCCAGUCGGUGCAGUUGAGCAGAUCGAUAAGGUUAUCACUGAUAUUUUCAACAUGAUCAAUGCGGAUGACGGGAAGAUGGUUAAAGAAGAUGAGUUCAAGAAACUAUUGACAGAGAUUCUUGGGAGCACCAUGCUGCAGUUAGAGGGCAAUCCCAUCUCAGUUUCUUCAAAUUCUGUUGUUCAUGAGCCCCUUGCAUCAUCCUCAUCGCUUUUGCAGCCAUCAUCCUAGUUGCCUAUUACAGUUACCUCAUAUAUAUCAGAGGGUAACAAAAUAAAAUGGGACAACACAUUUUGUU